AGUAUGAGAUCGAGUUUCUUUUCGUGAAGACGUUCAAUUUUCCCUUUGUGACUAUUUUACGCACAAUUUUCCUUGUCCUGUUCUGUGUUCAUCAUUUAAUGUUGGAAUUUUGUGAAAAACUUUCUUGGUUUCUUCCCAUAAAUUUCACCAGAAGAGAGUGGCUCUAGUGUGCUGGAGAAUGUUGCAGAAUAUUUGCUAAACUACAAAAUUAUCUUCCGGAAGUGUUUGAUAAUUCUGUUUGGGUGUUCUCGAUGAUCAGUCCAAAUGUGAUAGAGUGAUUGGUGCUUCUUCAUUUUCUGUGACUUCGUUUUUGCUCUCCGAUAAACUUCUGAUAGAGAUAUCUUUUCUUUUCCUCUUUAGACGGAUUCUGUUUAAUUAUAAUUAUCACAUCAUGAAAUUCCCAACAAUGUUGACUGACUUCGAUGAAAUGCCCGCUAUCAAACUGGGCGAAUACACACUGACUUUUGAGUUGGACCCACUGGGACCAGUAGGUCAGGGUGUCGCAGAAAGAGAAUUGCGGGAAACUCCAGAGAGACAGAAAAAAGCCACCGAAGAACUUCGAAAUUUACUGAAAGAGGAAAAAGACUUGGUGCUACCGCUGGACAAUGAUGGUUGGCUCAUCAGGUUCUUGAGGCCGUGCAAAUACUACCCGGAAAGUGCCAGAAACCUUGUGAAGAGCUACUAUGGGUUUAAGGUGAAGCACAAGCAGCUCUACGAUGGACUGGUGCCAUCGAAGGAGGCAAAUAUCUUCAAGCACAACAUCAUAACUGUCUUCCCAAAUCGGGAUCAACUGGGUCGAAGGAUUCUGGUACUGGAGCUGGGAAAGAGGUGGAAGCACAAGGAGGUGAAUCUCGAUGAAGUCUUCAAGGGCUGUGUUCUUUUUAUGGAGGCAGCAAUGGUGGAGCCUGAAACCCAAGUUCACGGAGCCGUAGUUAUUUUCGACAUGGACGGAUUAUCGCUACAACAAACAUGGCAAUUUACACCACCGUUCGCCAAGAGGAUUGUCGAUUGGCUACAGGAAUCAGUUCCUCUACGAGUAAAAGCAAUUCACAUCAUCAACCAGCCCAAACUCUUCAACAUUGUCUUCGCUCUCUUCAAACCCUUCCUGAAGGAGAAGCUCCGCAAUAGGAUCUACUUCCAUGGCUCAGACCGUGACUCUCUGCACAAUCACAUCUCGCCCAAGUGUCUACCCCCUGUCUAUGGAGGCACCAUCGAGAUGCCCCGUGUUACGGGUGACCAGUGGUACCAACUCCUGCUCAAAUGCGAUCAAGAAUUCGCCGCAAUCAAUAGCUACGGCUACAAGCACGUCAUCUCCAAGUGACCACCAAUCUUCGUUUGCUGUACAAUAAACUCUAGUUUUAAUAAAGGGUAUUAGAAUUUACGGACUUGCCGCAGAAUAUGUUGAUAACAAA